AUGUCGUAACCAACCAGCUGAACGUCAAAUUAAAAGCGUAGUGCUAAAUAAUAUUAUUUAAAUUUAAUAUUAUUAUGGGUGACGACAAUUCAAAUUCCAGUAAAAAAUGUGAUACAAAUAAGUGUAAUGUUUUAAUAAUUGGCGGCGGCAUGGCCGGUCUGGCUGCCGCCAAUGAACUUAUAAAAAAUGGUAUGGACGACUUUAGAAUAUUAGAAGCAAGGAAACGAAUCGGUGGUAGGAUUAUUUCUAUUCCACUAAAAAACCACGAAGUGGAGUUAGGGGCGAACUGGAUUCAUGGAGUUCUCGGUAACCCGAUAUUCGAUAUAGCUAUGGCUAAUGGUCUAGUAAACAUAAUAAAUAUACCUAAGCCACACAAAGUGAUAGCGGCGACUGAGGACGGCAAACAGGUGCCGUUUGGUGUGCUGCACGAGAUCCAUGAGGCGUACGUGGUGUUCUUGCGGCGCUGUGAGGAGUACUUCCUGUGCCAGUACCUGCCCCCACCAGAUAUUCAUAGUGUUGGAGAGCAUAUUAACCUGGAGGCCACCAUAUACCUUGAGCGUCUUCCUGACUCUGAAGAGAAAAAACUCCGCCGGCUUAUAUUUGACUGCUUAUUAAAACGGGAAACGUGUAUAUCAGGUUGCAACAGCAUGGAUGAAAUAGAUCUUUUAGAAUUAGGCAGCUACACAGAACUCCAAGGUGGCAACAUCAUGAUCCCUAAAGGUUACAGCUCUAUAUUACAACCUAUGUUAAAAAAUAUUCCACAUGAAAAAAUAAUAUCCAAUCACCCAGUAAAAAAAAUCAUUUGGGAUUCCAACCAGCACAGUACACGGCCUGAAGAUUUGGGAGAGGAGUCCGAAGACUCAGACCAGACAGUGAUAGAAGAUAUUACUAAGACCUCUGCCUCUGAGUCUAUGGUUAACCCUAGUGAAGGAAGUUUAAUGUCUGAAAAUGCGCACAAACCAAAGAAAAAAAAUGGACAUUAUGUUGAAGUUACCUGUGAGAAUGGAGAGACUUUUUUUGCUAAUCAUGUGAUAUGUACAAUACCUCUUGGUGUGCUCAAAGAGACUGCCAAGGAUCUCUUCCAGCCUUCGUUGCCUCAGUACAAAAUGGAAUCAAUAGAAAGACUACUAUUUGGCACCGUAAAUAAAAUAUUUUUGGAAUAUGAGAGACCAUUCUUAAAUCCUGAUAUUACUGAAAUAAUGUUGUUAUGGGAGAGUCCGGCGACACCUGAAGACAUUGCCGAGUCAUGGUAUAAGAAGAUUUACUCAUUUAGUAAAGUUACAGAGACCUUGUUGCUGGGCUGGGUGUCGGGGAGAGAGGCGGAAUAUGUGGAGACAUUAACUAUGGAUCAAGUUGCUACAGCUUGCACAAACAUUUUAAGGAAAUUCCUGAAUGAUCCCUUUGUACCAGAGCCGCAGAAAUGUGUAUGUACAAGUUGGAACAAGCAGCCCUACACGCGAGGCUCAUAUACGGCUCUGGCUGUAGGAUCCAGUCAGACAGAUAUUGAGAGUUUAGCACAGCCACUAUUCAGAAAUGUUCAUGAUAAAAAGCCCACGCUGGUGUUCGCCGGCGAGCACACGCACAGCAGCUACUACUCGACGGUGCACGGCGCCUACCUGUCGGGGCAGGCCGCCGCGCGCCGCCUGGCCGCGCCCGCGCCGCCCGCCGGCGCCGAGCGCCUGCUCGCCGGCGCCAGCGAGGCCGACCUCACCGCCUGGAUAGAGGGCAUACAGCUAGGAUAAAACUGGUAUCAAACUGAACAUGUAAAAUGCAUAAAUAAAUGAUAAAUGACAGAGGUUAUAGGGAUUACAAAAAAAUUUACACGGUUAAGGACCUGUAAUUAGUCUUAAGCUUAUUGAUUCCAUUGUGUUCCGACAGUUAACACAUUCGACACCGCGUACCCGACUCUCGGGCACUCGUAAACUUUACUCAGAUGCCGGCAUACCCGCUAGUCGGGCAAGAGCUAUAAACCUACACGCGACGCUGAAGUGCCCGACAGGCGGGCAAGCAUUGCAUCUUCACUACCUCAGGGCUGCCACUGCCACUAACAGAAAAAAAUGCAAGUCUUCUGAUUAUUAUGUGGUCGAAAAGUUGGUACAGUUGAUUAUUAUAUUUUAUUACUUCACUUUGUAUUUACUUUACCUAAUGCGAUUACAAAAUAAAAAUUCUUAUUAGUUGGUUACGUGAAAUUGCAUACACGGGUAUGUAUCAAUAGGAGUUAGAAUUUUCGUAAAUCGUACAACCUAAUUUGUGUUUACGAAUAUUUAGUAAGUAUAGGUAAUAUACAUCUAUUUCAUGAGUACUCAUAGGAUGAUUUUUGUGAAACAAAAUUCGGAGAAAAAUAAACCAAGAAAUUCAACUAAGUACAUUCAACAUUCUAACUUCUAAGCGGCAGUUCUCAGAAAAAGACAAUAGGUCAGUCAUCAUAAAACAGCACUACACUGCAACUGCGUGGAAGCAAAACGUAACAAGUAGCUUUGAAUAGUUACGAUAAUUAGUACGUUCGUACACAUACAAUAAAGUCGCAACUUCUUUGACAAAAGAAUGUAGUUACUGUGAUCAUACACUUAACCCUGGAGAUGUUGUUUACCAUUCCUUAUCUAUUUGAAGUUUGCGACCCGGGUUUUUUUUUCAACCCGGUCUCGGUGUAAAAUUGCAAUCGGAGCCAUUCCGUAAUGGUUUGUGACGUGCUUCGGACGUUGUUGUGUUGUGUUAAUUUUCAUUUUCACAGCCCUGAGCGUCCGUCGCUUGCCCGACUAGCGGGUUCGCGGCGUGCGGCAUUGAGUUGCACGUCGUUGCCCGACUAGCGAGUACUGUCGGUUUCUGGGGUAUUGUUUGAAAUUUUGCCUGGUUGCGAAAGUGUUAAGCGGUUUGUGCUUAAUUUACAUGCGUGAAAGUGUGUAAUCGUAUACUGUAACGUUUCGUAACACAUUGGAAUUAAUUAACUUAGGAUUAAUUGCUGGUCCUUAACUACAUAUACGUAUUUUUUUUGCAAUUCACCCUUAUGCCUUUAUUGACACUAUAGUAAUUGUUCCUAGAGAGACGACUAAGGGCGAUUGUGCACUACAAUGAAUUUUACUGUCCGGCAGUCCGAGUUUUUACGGUCCGAUAUGGCACGCCAUUAAAUGUAUAUAGUAGCUUGUGCACUAGACGUAAUUUUACCGUCCGACAUUUUACUUUUGCCCAUUCCGGACCGUGUUUUUACGGUCCGAGAUGACAGCUAUGAAAAACGUGUUUAUGCUUGUGCACUGCGUCUGGAAUUAGUAUUAUUCAUGACUUGGCCGGGCGGGGGCGGGCUAGGGGGGGUGUGUGUAAAAAGGGAGUAAAAAGACGGACAAGUGCACAAGCCAAUCAUCCGUUUUUUUCAUGCCACUGCGCCGCACCUGCGAGUAAAAAGACGGACAAGUGCACAAGCCAAUCAUCCGUUUUUUUCAUGCCACUGCGCCGCACCUGCGAGUAAAAAGACGGACAAGUGCACAAGCUAAUCAUCCGUUUUUUUCAUGCCAUAUCGGACCAUGAAAACUCAGACUGCCGGACAGUAAAAUUCAUUGUAGUGCACAAUCGCCCUAAAUAUUAAAGACAGCUUAUCGCAUUACAAAGUUCACUCGAUUAUCUUAGGGCUCUCUAACAGAUGGCGUUGUAAUACAACCGAAUUCCGAUUUCCUCGACAAGUAAAAACCAUCGAGAUAAACAUUUAUCAGCUUGCAAUUUUCUAAGGCCAUUUCAAGGCUUUAUUAUUUAACCGUGUCUGGUAAAAGUCAAGUUUUGUAUUUACGCCUAGCAUUGUUACAAACUGUACAAAUCAAUAAUUAGAUGGUUGGAUUUAAGAGGCUUUUAUUAAGGUUUGUCUAAAGCUUUAGAGUAAAAAAUAAUAAAAUAUCACAAGCCAAGACAAAAUGCCGCAAAAAUUGGAAACAAAUCUUAUUAAACGGAACACAUUAGCUACUCUAAAAAUGAUACAAUGAAGUUACCUUUGCCUUAAAAGAAUAUUAUCAAACUGGUGCAGUCAGAAGGGUUGUUUACAUCGUAUUUAUUUUAGUUAUAAUUUAUGUAGAAAUAAGUAGCAAUCAGAAGAUAUAACAAUAUUCUGUCUGUACCCUUAACAAAAGCUGAAGCUAUAUUGCGGAAUGAAAAUGAAAUAUCCCUCUAAUGAAAAGCUUACACAUUAUGUAUGUACCUAUGUAUUAUUAUAUCGUACUCGCACAUGAGUGACCACGAUUAUUUACAUAUAUACCUACCAUACCUUUUUUAUAGCAAAGUGCUACUACCAAAACUAUUUUUUUCGCUUAAUGUUUUUUUUUGUAUUAAAACUCAUCAAUGUACGUUUUAUUUUAUUCCAAAUGAGAUGUAUCGAUUUUAUUUUAAACCAAUAACAGUAUAAAUGUAUGUGUGUAGAAGUGUAGAUGGAUUAUACAAAACUUGGUGGGCUUCUAAAAUAUAGCCUUGUUAUAGGCUCUUCUCUUUGUUUUGUAAACAUACCUACCUACUUAUUAUCAGCGACGAUGCUUGCUUAAUACAAAUUAGCAAAAGAUUUUAUUUUACAUUGUUUUACAGUACCUAAUACCAAUAAUGCAAAAAUCAUGUAUAAAAUAAAUUUAACUAUAGGAUAAAGUAGCCUGCUAUAUUCUGACUGUUUUGCCAGUCAGGGUAAACUCUUUGUUGAAUUUUCUCGCAUUUUUUAAUAAAGAUGCGUAUCUGCAUGACACUAUUAAAACAGUAGGACCCUAACCGCCAUCUAGCUAACACCUUACUAUAAAACUUAUAUUUUCAUACAAAGUUGUGGUAGUCCUAAAUAAUAAAAAUCCUAGAUAACGUAACUUUAGCACUUUGACGUAGGUCUACUACUCUACGACGUUGAUGUCAUUAUACCUGAGUCGCUAACUACAUAAAGUCUUUGGAAAAACACUACUUUGUAUGGAAAUGUUUCUGUAUUAUUAAACUAGUCUGCCACAACUAGACAUCCCACCUAAGAAUUCAUUCCAUAUGUGUUGUUUACUGCUGAACUUCGUAUGAAAAUUGUGUAUUACACGUAUACUUGUAAUAUCUGUCCACUGAAAUAAUGGGCAUUGUAUGGGUCUCUAACUCUUUAUUCUAUCAAACAACUUUCAACCCAUGUCCAUGAUUGCCUUAGAAAUUCAUUAGGUGUAGGUACAGAGGCGUACAACAGUGCAAAAAAAUCGUAGUGCACAAAAUAUAUUCGUUCUAAUAACAUUAAAUCCUACUCCCAGAAUUAAGAGAUUUAUUUAUCGGGCACUUCAUGCGACAUAAAAAUGAAAUAAUUUCAACUAGCACGAUUGUUUAUUAUUUACUUCCGAAUUUGAUCACAAUUAUGUGCCUGAUUUAGAAGCACAUGGUUCCUGCUGAGUUCUUUCUAAUAUAGAAAAAAUAUUACCUAUGAAUUAAACCGAAAAUCAAUUUAAUUGCUUUCAUUGGAAAGUGACUUAGUACGUGACGUCUUGUUUUAGAAGGUAGGUACCUACAGCUUUCGUGAACUGAGCUUCCGAUAUGCUGACUCAGAGCAAAGAUAAUAGAGUGUAUACAAAGUAAAUUAUGUAGCCACUGUAAAUUUACUGCCGUAUUUCGACAGAAGAUUAAACCUGUUAGAACGCCAUUUGACUUUGAUCCUUAUUCUUUCACUGAUAUGUGUUAAUUUGUUAAAUAUUGAAAUUAACGCCAUCUACUCGACUGUAGGCCAAAGGUUAUGGCGCCAUCGCUCGAAAAGAUUGCACCUUUGGCCUACUCUCGAGUAGAUGGCGUUAAUAUUAAUAUUUAACAAGUUAACACAUAUCAGUGAAAGAAUAAUGAUCAAAGUCAAAUGGCGUUCUAACAGGUUUAAUCUUCUGUCGAAAGAUGGCAGUAAAUGUACUGUAGCUACAUAAUUUACCAUGACAGUAACUCUCUAUUUCGAAUUCUCUUUGCUCAGAGUGUAGGUGCAAAUGCUAUGAUAGAUAUUAUAUGUCAAUACUUUUGCCUUAAAAAGGUACUAAUGUGUAAUGUGUCUCGCAUUAAAUCUGUUAUUAAACUAUUUUAGUAACAGCUACUUUUUUUAAACAUUACAACAUGCAGUAUUAACACUAACAACCUGUGCUUUUCUAACGUCCCAAAAAUAAUUCAAAAGUACUUAGUCUGGUACUUACCCAAAAUGUGGCCGCGCUUGUAACUUUUACUUUACCUACUUAGUUCAAGAGAUGUAUUAGUUUAGCAGAGACAAGUUUAAAACAAAGACAGCAGAUGACACAAUGUAUCGUGAUUUGGAUCGCUUUGACCUCUGCUUAACUAUGUUCCAACAUGGGCUCGAUUGCAAUAAUUUUCAUUUGUCGAACGAAUGAAAACAUACUUAAUAUGUUAUUUUUAUUUAAGUUUGGUCUUAAACCAAAUGUUUCGUUUUUAUUGUAUUUGAAUUCUAUUGAUGAUUUGUUGCAUUUAUCAUUUCAAUUCUUUUAAUAUUUAAAAUAGGUAGAUAUUUAGUUAUUUAUACCUACACUAUAUGCCUAUACCUAUAGGUACCUACCUACCUACCAAGAAAAAAAAUGUAUAGGAAAAGUUGUACUACUUUUGAUUGCUUUUGACUGGCUAUAUUUCAUGAGAUUAAGGAUAUUGUAAGACAUGACGAUGUAUGUAUAUAAUAAUAUUACACAAUUUGCUUAUAAAAUGCAUUUUCUUUAAAAUAUAGCAAAUUAUUAAUAGAGGUGAAUAAACAAAAUUUUCUGUUAUGCAUUUUCGAUCGGAUAGGUGUAUAUUCAAUUUUCUAGUCAGUGAUGGUUUUUUUGUAUCGCUUUAAUAAAUCAGUUAGGAUGACAUGAAA